CGAUUAUUUUCAAUUAUGUGACGCGCGUAGGCGGCGACUCCCCUGGACCAGUUGUGUAUAAAAGAAGGGCGACCGGCGACCAGCUACCACAACCCUUCAGAGCUUCAGCCUUCGAGUACAACGCGCUUUACAGAAUGCGUCGAACUCGUCUGGUGAUUCUGCCGGGUGCCAAAUGCCUGUCGCAGAUGUGCUGUCUGCUGCUCUAUCUCUCUUGCCCCAACAUCGGCGCUCUCUGUCGUCAACAGGACGAAGUAUCACGUGACGAUCUCUGUCAACUUGGCAUCGUUGAACUUGAAAAGAGAAACAACAUACUGGACGAAAGAGAUGGAACGUGCCACCUUGUCAGAGCUCGGAUAGAAACAGGUGUCCUUCUGGACACCAACAAUACCAACCAUGAGUACAAGACCACCUUAUUGCAGUGUGAAGAUAUUCUGAUGAACAUGGAUGGUAACAUCAUAAAUGGAGAAAACAACUUGAAAACAAUCACUGCAGACCAUUUCAAACAACAACUGACAACUGACCAUGAGUUUGAUAUCAUCAACAGUCAUCAACCUCGAAUGAGUCUCAUGAAUCCCAAGAUGACAAACAGGAACUUUGAAGCUAAAAUGAGAUACAGGUAUGCACCGGAAAACAAGGAAACAAGGAGAGAAAUAUCUAGAGAACGGGGAAUACAACACGAUAUGAGGCGAGGUAUUAAUGAAAACCGGGACUUCAACCUCUUGUCGAGAGAUUCUUCACGAAGGAGUGAGCCAACACGUGAGAUUCGCAAUUUUGGAAGGAUGUCUAGAGAACAAGAUAAUCUUUACAGACGAAAUCAUGAUGAAGUACGUGGAUCGCGGCUUUUGAAUAGGGAAUCUCAGGUAGCUAGAGCUUCUGUUAGAUCUAGGUCAGUGCCGGAGAUCCGUGACUCUAGGAGACAAUUCAGGGACAUCAAUGAAAUUCGUGACUCUCGAAGAGAAUUCAGGGAGAAUAAAGAAAAUCGAGAUUCCAGAAUUUUCACCAGUGACUCAAGGAGGCAAAUUAGGGAGAAUAAUGAAAUUCGUGAUUCAAGGAAACAGCUCAGGGAUAUAAAUGAAAUUCGUGACUCUAGGAGGCAACUCAGAGACAUCAAUGAAAUGCGUGAUUCAAGGAGGCAAGUUAGAGAGAAUAAUGAAAUUCGUGAUUCAAGGAGACAACUCAGGGACAUCAAUGAAAUUCGUGAUUCAAGGAGGCAAGCUAGGGAGAAUCAUGAAGUUCGUGAUUCAAGGAGGCAAGCUAAGGAAAAUCAUGAAAUUCGUGAUUCAAGAAGGCAAGUGAGAGAGAAUCUUGAAGUUCGUGAUUCAAGGAGGCAAGCUAGGGAGAAUCAUGGAGUUCGUGACUCAAGGAGACAACUCAGGGACAUUAAUGAAAUUCGUGACUCAAGAAGGCAAGCUAGGGAGAAUCAUGAAGCUCAUGAUUCAAGGAGGCAAGUGAGAAACAUCAACAAAAUUCGUGAAUCAAGGCGACAAGUCAGACAAAACAUUGAAAUUCGUGAUUCCAGACUGACAACUAGUGAUUCACAGGAAUCAAGGACUCUUCCCAGAUCCAGAUCUGUCCCAGAAAUUCGAGAUUCGAGGAGGCAGUUGAGAGAGAACAAUGAAAUCCGUGACUCCAGGAAGCAAAUAAGAGAGAAUGAAUUCCGUGACUCAAGAAGGCAAGUCAGGUCUCACUCUGAAAUUCGUGAUCCCAGGCUCACAACUAGAGAUUCGCAGGUACCAAGGACCCUUAUAAGAUCUAGGUCUCUACCAGAAAUCCGUGAUUCCAGGAGGCCACUUAGAGAGGUCAACGAAAUUCGUGACUCCAGGAGACAAGUUAGAGAAAACAAAGAUAUCCGUGAUUCUGCAAGACAAGUUAGAGAAGUCAAUGAAAUCCUUGACUCCAGGAGAAAAGUUAGAGAAAAUAACGAGAUCCGUGACUCCAGGAGACAAGCUAGAGAAAACAAUGAAAUCCGUGACUCCAGGAGACAAAUUAGAGAACAUAACGAGAUCCGUGACUCCAGGAGACAAGUUAGAGAAAAUAACGAGAUCCGUGACUCCAGGAGACAAGUUAGAGAAAAUAACGAGAUCCGUGACUCCAGGAGACAAGUUAGAGAAAAUAACGAGAUCCGUGACUCCAGGAGACAAGUUAGAGAAAAUAACGAGAUCCGUGACUCCAGGAGACAAGUGAGGGAGAACACAGAUACUCGUGAUAUGAGGAGACAAACCAUUGAAAAUCGUGACUCCCGUCGUAUGUCUAGAAAUACCAUGGAACCAAGAUCUUCCAUCCGAUCCAGAUCUGUACCUGAGAUUCGUGACUCAAGAAGGCAAUCCAGAGAAAACACUCAAAUUCGAAAUUCUAGACUCACAACUAGAGAUUCUCAAGAAACAAAGACUUUCUCACGAUCUGGAUCUGAAUCAAGAAUUCAAGAUUCAAGGCGGCAGUUUAGGAAUAACAAUGAAAUCCGUGAAUCAAGGAGGCAAAUCAAUGAGGUUCGAGAUUCAAGGAGGCAAGAGAGGGAGAUUCAUGACUCUAGGAGACAAGUUAGAGAAAAUACUGGUAUUCAGGACUCAAGAAUGCAAAUGAGGGAAACUCGUGAUUAUAGGAGUCAAUCUCUAGAAACUCGGGACUCAAGGAGACAGUUGAGGGAAACUCGUGAUACUCGUGACUUCAGAAGGGAAAAUGAUGUCAUUCGUGAUUCUAGAAGGGAAAAUGAUGUCAUUCGUGAUUCACGGCGACAAGUAAGAGAAAAUAAUGGAAGGAUUGAAUCUAGACUAAUGACCAGGGCCUUUAUUAGGGCAAGCUCAUUCCCAGAAACUCGAGAUUCCAGAAGUCAAGUUAGGGAAAUCAAUGAUAUCCAUGAAACCAGAGUUUCAGAGGAAAAUAGAGCUGCUAUUAGAUCUAGGUCUGUGCCUGAAACCCAUGAAUCAAGGAGACAGGUUAGACAUAACAAUGAAAUUCGUGGAUCAAGAAUCAUCACAAGGAAUUUCCCAGAAACCAGGGCCUCUAUUCGAUCAAGAUCAAUCCCAGAAGCUCGUGACUCUAGGAGAGAAACUAGGGAACUCAAUGAAAUUCGUCACUCACGGAGACAAGCUAGGGUACUCAAUGAAAUUCGUGAAUCACGAUUUAUGACAAGUCAGAGAAACUCGUGACUCUCGAAUGCAAGUUAGAGAAAAUAAUGACAUUCGUAAUUCUAGAGUUAUCACCAGGAACUCCCAGGAAUCCAGGGAAUCUUUCAGAUCACGUAUUGCCUCAGAAACUCGAGACUCUCGGAAUCAAAUUAGAGAUCUUAAUGGAAUUCGUGGUACCAGAUUUUUCGACACCAGGAUCAACCAGAAAGCUGAGGAAACAAGGACCGCUGUACGAUCAAACAUAAAAACUCCAGUUGGACAAAUUCGAGAAACUCGUUUCUUAUAUCCAUUGAAAGCUGAGAAAUCAAUUGCAGCAAAUGCAGAUAACCUUCCUUCCUCAGAUUUAUCUGAAUCAUUCAAUUUGUUGAUGAAAGAGGAUUCUGCUUCCAAGAAUGAAGAACUUGAGGAUCAAACUCAGAAUGCUUCUCCCAGCCUCUUCAAUGCUGACCAGAUUGAGGAAAAUGACAACUAUAACUUCCCGUUCAUUUUUAAGAAUGUG